CCGGGCAGGGAUUGGUGGCACCAAGCGUGAGAGGCGGAACCGGAAGCGCCUGUGCUGUGGGGCUCAGCCUGUUCUCUCCCGGUGACUUUCCAGCGUUUUUCUUCUAGCGGUUGGUGCCGCUUCUGCAGAGGGUGCCAUGGGGGAAGCGGAGAAGUUUCACUACAUCUACAGUUGUGACCUGGACAUCAACGUGCAGCUUAAGAUAGGAAGUUUGGAAGGGAAGAGAGAACAGAAGAGUUAUAAAGCUGUUCUAGAAGACCCAAUGUUGAAGUUUUCAGGACUGUACCAAGAGACAUGCUCUGACCUUUAUGUUACUUGUCAAGUUUUUGCAGAAGGGAAGCCUCUGGCCUUGCCUGUGAGAACAUCCUACAAAGCAUUUAGUACAAGAUGGAACUGGAAUGAAUGGCUGAAACUUCCUGUAAAGUACCCUGACCUGCCCAGGAAUGCCCAGGUGGCCCUCACAGUAUGGGAUGUGUAUGGACCAGGGAAGGCAGUGCCUGUGGGAGGAACAACAGUUUCACUCUUUGGAAAAUAUGGCAUGUUUCGCCAAGGGAUGCAUGACUUGAAAGUCUGGCCUAAUGUAGAAGCAGAUGGAUCAGAACCCACAAAAACUCCUGGCAGAACAAGCAGUACUCUUUCAGAAGAUCAGAUGAGCCGCCUUGCCAAGCUCACCAAAGCGCAUCGACAAGGGCACAUGGUGAAAGUAGAUUGGCUGGACAGAUUGACAUUUAGAGAAAUAGAAAUGAUAAAUGAGAGUGAGAAACGAAGUUCUAAUUUCAUGUACUUGAUGGUUGAGUUUCGGUGUGUCAAGUGUGAUGAUAAGGAAUAUGGUAUUGUUUAUUAUGAAAAGGAUGGUGAUGAGUCAUCUCCAAUUUUAACAAGCUUUGAGAUAGUAAAAGUUCCUGACCCUCAGAUGUCUAUGGAGAAUUUAGUUGAGAGCAAACACCACAAGCUUGCCCGGAGUUUAAGAAGUGGACCUUCUGACCAUGAUCUCAAACCUAAUGCUGCCACAAGAGAUCAACUAAAUAUUAUUGUGAGUUAUCCACCAACAAAGCAACUUACAUAUGAAGAACAAGAUCUUGUUUGGAAGUUUAGAUAUUAUCUUACUAAUCAAGAAAAAGCUUUGACUAAAUUCUUGAAAUGUGUUAAUUGGGAUCUACCUCAGGAGGCCAAACAGGCAUUGGAACUUCUGGGAAAAUGGAAGCCAAUGGAUGUAGAAGACUCUUUGGAGCUGUUAUCCUCUCAUUAUACCAAUCCAACAGUGAGGCGUUAUGCUGUUGCCCGGUUGCGACAGGCAGAUGAUGAGGAUUUGUUGAUGUACCUAUUACAACUGGUCCAAGCUCUCAAAUAUGAAAAUUUUGAUGACAUAAAGAAUGGAUUAGAACCUACCAAGAAGGAUAGUCAGGGUUCAGUGUCAGAGAGUGUGUCAAAUUCUGGAAUAAAUUCUGCAGAAAUAGAUAGCUCCCAAAUUAUAACCAGCCCUCUUCCUCCAGUGUCUUCCCCUCCUCCUGCAGCUAAAACAAAGGACAGUUCAGAUGGUGAAAAUCUAGAGCAAGAUCUCUGCACCUUCUUGAUAUCAAGAGCCUGCAAAAACUCAACACUGGCUAACUAUUUAUACUGGUAUGUGAUAGUGGAAUGUGAAGAUCAAGACACUCAGCAAAGAGACCCAAAGACCCAUGAGAUGUACUUGAAUGUAAUGAGACGAUUCAGCCAAGCAUUGUUGAAGGGUGAUAAGUCUGUCAGAGUUAUGCGUUCUUUGCUGGCUGCACAGCAGACGUUUGUAGAUCGGCUGGUGCAUCUAAUGAAGGCAGUGCAGCGUGAAAGCGGAAAUCGUAAGAAAAAGAACGAGAGACUACAGGCAUUGCUUGGAGACAAUGAAAAGAUGAACUUGUCGGAUGUGGAACUUAUUCCAUUGCCUUUAGAACCCCAGGUGAAAAUUAGAGGAAUAAUCCCAGAAACAGCUACACUAUUUAAGAGUGCUCUUAUGCCUGCACAGUUAUUCUUUAAGACAGAAGAUGGAGGCAAAUACCCAGUUAUAUUUAAGCAUGGGGAUGAUUUACGGCAAGAUCAACUUAUUCUUCAAAUCAUUUCACUCAUGGACAAGCUGCUGCGGAAAGAAAAUCUGGAUUUGAAGUUGACACCCUACAAGGUAUUAGCCACCAGUACAAAACAUGGCUUCAUGCAGUUUAUCCAGUCAGUUCCUGUUGCUGAAGUUCUUGAUACAGAGGGAAGCAUUCAGAACUUCUUUAGAAAGUAUGCACCAAGUGAGAAUGGGCCAAAUGGGAUCAGUGCUGAAGUUAUGGACACAUAUGUUAAAAGCUGUGCUGGAUAUUGUGUGAUUACAUACAUCCUUGGAGUUGGAGAUAGACACCUGGAUAACCUUUUGCUAACAAAAACAGGCAAACUCUUCCACAUAGACUUCGGAUAUAUUUUGGGUCGGGAUCCAAAGCCUCUUCCUCCUCCAAUGAAGCUGAAUAAAGAAAUGGUAGAAGGAAUGGGGGGCACCCAGAGUGAGCAGUACCAAGAGUUCCGUAAACAGUGUUACACGGCUUUUCUCCACCUUCGAAGGUAUUCUAACCUGAUUUUGAACUUGUUCUCCUUGAUGGUGGAUGCAAACAUUCCAGAUAUUGCUCUUGAACCAGAUAAAACUGUGAAAAAGGUUCAGGAUAAAUUCCGACUAGACCUGUCUGAUGAAGAGGCGGUACAUUACAUGCAGAGUCUGAUCGAUGAAAGUGUCCAUGCUCUCUUUGCUGCAGUGGUAGAACAGAUUCACAAGUUUGCCCAGUACUGGAGAAAAUGAAACUGGACUCGGCAUCAGGAUGUUUGGCUCUGUAAGAAAACUACUUUAGAAGUAACCUCUGUAUAAGGAAGACUUCAGAGUAACAAGGAAGAGAACAUUUGAUCUUCAGGAUACCAUAUAUCCUAAAUGUUACAUGGUGCCUGAAUUCAGUUUCUUUGGAUGUCAUUGCUUAAAUAUAGUCUUGAAGGGUUUGUUUUGAAAUACUAUACACAUAUAUUUUCAAAUGUACACAUUGUUAAUAAACUAAGAAGUGAGAGAUUUAUUCCAGGAUCAUGUACAUAUUAUGAGAGUUCUGGAAGAAUUUUAUGUUGAAAUAGUAAAACAUUUUAGUCUUUGAGUUUGAAAUGUCCUUUUUUUUUUUUUUUAAGUCAUCUCCUCACAUCAGGACAGUAGUUAUGAAUUUGGAUUGUCUCAGUCAAGAAGGCUUUUUUGGUUUGUCUCUCCCUCCCCCCUUUCCCUCUCUUUUUUCUCCCACUCAUGUUUGUUUUUGCCUAAGCUGUAAUACUUAAAGUUUUACCUAUUGUGGCUCCUUCUUUUACAGUUCAGUAAUUACUACAUAUUCUUCAAAUAAGACAGUCAUUUUCUCUCACUUUUAAAUAUAUAUCUUACUUGAAAACUAUGCUUAGUUGACAAUUCUCCUACCUUAUAAGUACAUAAAGCAGGAUAUGCACAUGUAACCAUCUGAAUUACUGGCCAAAAGGUCAUAAUGACAGCAGCUUUCAGUGUUGAGCCCACGAUAUUUUUACAUAUACAUGUAAGCAUAAAUUGUCUUUCUGCAAUAAAUACAUUUUUGAUGCAAACUUA